CGCUAAAAUCACUGUUACUCGUAACGUAGAAAAGACUUGCUUGCCGCAGACAGGUCUCUUGCUACCUUGCUAACCUGGUGUUAGCAUCUAACGUUGGACAACUUAAAUCAUGCGGCGCAAGUCAUAAAUGAGUAACUGUGUUUUUAUUAUUUGUUGUCAGACUGUGCCUACAGUACUCGUAAAUAACUCUGAUAUUAUCGAUAAUUUGGCACGUCUGCCACAGAGUCCCCUUGCGGACUUUCAAAACAGAAACUGUUGUUCACCUUGCACUGUGGGAGGAGAAGGGACAGCAGUCAAACGCACAUCCCAGCAUGUCACACCCGAAGAUGAGGACGAGUCCUCAGCAGACCCACCAGUUCCCCGCAAAGUCUCCAAGAUAGGCUUUAAUAUGAGCAGUCAGAUGGGCAAAAAGUCGAAUCCCAUAUCCAUCAAACUCGGAGCAACUAAACCCAAAGAUCCUGUACCAUCACUCCCUCCAAAAAAACCAGGGCUGGCAUCCGUUUUUAAUGAAGAUGAUGAUAGUGAACCUGAAGAGAUGCCUCCAGAAGCAAAGAUGAGGAUGAAGAACAUUGGCAGGGAGACACCAACAUCUGCAGGACCAAAUUCCUUCAACAAGGGCAAGCAAGGCUUCUCCGAUCAUCAAAAACUUUGGGAGAGGAAGUUGAAGGCCCACUCAGAUAAACUGUAAAUGACAACUGCAGUUUUUGUCACUAAUGGAUAAUUUUCUAUAGUUUAAAAUCAUGUCAGAUAAAUCUACAAAGUCUCAAGUUAUUCUUCAACAUAGCCUUGUGUUUGGCAACUUCUCAGCUUUGUGGACAUCAGUUGAAGAAUACUUUGUGAUACUCAACGACUGAACUCAUGUUUACGUUUCUAAACACUAGUGGCUGAUGAUAACUUCAAGGAGCAGUACCUGAGUGUCAAACCUCUGAUGAGAAGUGAAGAAGUUUGUGGAGAUGGGAAAACAGAUCAGCCAGAAUAUUGUUUAAAAUAUGUAAAGUUAUCUACGGUUGCUUUCUGCUGGCUAAUGAGAAUCUUAGAGCCUCUGUACCCCCUUUGUGACACACCCGUUCCUAUCUGAAGCUGGUGAGGUGAGAUCCUGUGCAAGUUCUUAGUGUCGCUUGUCUGAUAUUUGUGUAAAAAUGUACAUAGAAGUGUGACCAUGUUUUAUUUUUAAAACCACAAAGGGGAGUGUGUCUGCGUGUGUGUGCGCGUGGGUAUGUUGGGCAUAGAUUAGACAUACAUUGUUUGGUUUCAUUUACUGAACAUCUGUAUUCAACCCUUUGUUUCGCUAGAUGUGCCACAACAAUAGGCAGUCUUGUUUUAUUUUAAUGUUUGAAUUUUGUGCCAGUAUUUCUGGUUUUGCUUACUCAAUACAGAAUUUCUGUCUGCUUCAGUGAA